GUUGGGUUUGAAGUUCACUUCAAAUUACUUGACAGGAAUUGGGAGAACAUUUCAACAACAAUUGGAAAAGAUAAGAAGCCGCCAGCAGCUGCGGUGAUAGAUAAAACUCAAUUACAUCGUGAUAUCAACCGCUCUGCUCCGUGCCUUAUUUCUGGAAUGGAUUUCACCGGCAAAGUGGUGCUGAUUACGGGAGCCUCGUCCGGCAUUGGCGAGGGUACGGCCAUCUAUUUUGCCAAGUUUGGUGCGUCCCUCGCACUUACGGGACGCAACGAGGCCAACCUGAAGAAGGUGGGCGAUGCGUGUGAAGCGCAGUCCAAGAGCAAGCCGCUCCUGAUCGUCGCCGACGUGACCAAGGAGGAGGACAACAAGCGCGUGCUGGACGAGAUCGUGGCCAAGUACGGCAAGCUGGACGUGCUGGUCAACAAUGCGGGCAUUCUGGGCAACGGGUCGAUCGAAAACACGAGUCUGCAGCAGUACGAUGAGCUGAUGAACACGAACGUGCGCGGUGUGUACCACCUGACCAUGCUGGCCGUACCGCUGCUGAUCGAAACCAAGGGCAACAUCGUGAAUCUGUCGAGCGUGGCUGGCAAUCGUUCGUUUCCGGGCAUUUUGGCGUACAGCAUGUCGAAGGCGGCGAUCGAUCAGUUCACGCGCUGUACCGCCCUGGAGCUGGCACCGAAGCAGGUGCGCGUGAAUGCCGUCAAUCCGGGUGUCAUCAUUACGGACAUUCACAAGCGCGGUGGAAUGGAUGAGGAAUCGUACGCCGCUUUUCUGAAGAAGUGCGAACAAACCCACGCACUGGGACGCCCGGGCGUGGCCGAGGAAGUCGCUUCCACGAUCGCUUUUUUGGCGUCGGACGGUGCCAGCUUCAUUACCGGCGUGACACUCAACGUGGACGGUGGAAGACACGCCAUGUGCCCCCGGUAAAGUGCGGCGCGCUGCGUUUCCCCGUGCAAAAAAUGGAUCAAACAAAAACGCAUUUCAUACAUUUAUAUUUUUCGAACAAUUUUAUUCGAAGUAAAACAUUGUAACGAACCACUUUAA